AUGACCGCCAAGAGCUACUCAGGGGAGCAGCUGGCUCAAUACGCAGCUCGUAUUAGUCUGACAUCACCCCUCGAGAGCGCCCAAAACCCCGUUGCGCGCCUCACCGAGCUUGUCCAUCACCAGCUUGUCCAUGUCCCCUUCGAGACGCUGGCUCUCCACUACUCGCCAGACAGACUUAUCUCUCUUGACACCGCUGCUCUCUUCGAUAAGAUAGUCACUAGACGGCGCGGAGGCUACUGCCUCGAAAACAACACGUUCUUCGGCCACGUCCUUCGCAGUCUGGGAUACUCCGUAUACGGCGUCGUGUGCCGUAUCACGAUGGCGACGCGUGGUGUGCAUGACGGCAGCUGGCGGUCAAUGAGCCACAUGGCUAACGUUGUGACUCUCAACAACAUAAAGUACCUGGUCGACGUAGGCUACGGCGCAGACGGGCCCAUCACCCCACUCGCACUCAUUCCCUCCCACGGGGUCGUCCAGAUCGGCCUACCAGGUCAGCAACUGAGGCUCGAGCAAAGAACACUGCCGCAGCACGAGGACGCCGGUCAGAAGGUCUGGGUAUACUCCCAGCGCCGCGGCGGGCGCCGAGACGAGACCUGGCAAGACGUGUACCAUUUCCCCGAGACCGAGUUCCUCGCCGCCGACUUUGACGUGCUCAACUUUUAUAACAUGUCGCAGAGCCUUUGGGCCAAGACUGUCGUCGUGCAGAGGUUCGAGCGCGGCGGGGAUGGACAGAUUGACAAGACGCUGCUGCUGUUGCGUCAAGUUGUUCAAGAGGGCGAUGGGAAGGGCAAAGAGCAGCAUGUCAUCGCAAGUCUUCAGGGUGAAGAUGAGAGGAUUGCCGCCUUUGAUCGACUUUUCGGAAUCAUGCUAUCCGAGCAAGAACGUCAGGCUAUCGCAGGGAGACCUUCAGAGAUUACCGAGCGUGGCGCUGAGGUCAAAGACUAA